GCUCCAAGUGCUGUUUUACCAAGUUAAAGUAUGGCAAGCCUUGAUAUAAGACUGAAAAAAAUCAACAAAAUAUUUAAUGAAGGGGAUGUUGUGAAAGGUGUGAUAGUGGUUCAGAGUAAGGGAGAGCUCAAUCAUAAUGGUAUUAUGCUCUUCAUGGAUGGAUCUGUCAAUCUUCAGCUCAGUGCCAAGAGUGUUGGGGUCUUAGAAGCAUUCUAUAACUCACUAAAACCUAUCCAACUUGUCAACUACUCAGUCGAAAUAGCAAAGCCAGGCAAACUACCCAACGGCAAAACAGAAAUUCCAUUUGAGAUCCCAUUAAAACCCAAGGGUAACAGAUCCCUGUAUGAAACUUAUCAUGGGGUGUUCGUCAAUGUACAGUAUUACUUGAGAAGUGAAAUGAAGAGGUCUCUACUGAGCAAAGACCUUCAAACCCAAGCAGAAUUCAUUGUUGAAAGCAAAGAAACGUCCAAAGUCAACAUGGAACCUGUACAGUUUGCCAUCACACCAGAUUCCCUGGACAAAAUUGAAGAUAGACCUAAAGUCCCCAAGUUUUUAGUCAAAGGCCAGUUAGACACAGUCAACUGCAAUAUAGUCAAGCCAUUUACUGGAGAGUUAACAGUGGUAGAGUCAGACACACCCAUCAAAUCUAUUGAAUUACAGCUAGUACGAGUGGAAACAUGUGGAUGUGCAGAAGGAUUCUCAAAAGAUGCCACUGAAAUUCAAAAUAUCCAAAUUGCAGAAGGUGAUGUUUGUCGUAAGCUAGCAAUUCCAAUAUAUAUGACUUUUCCAAGACUGUUCACCUGCCCAACCUUAGCAACACCAAACUUUAAAGUUGAAUUUGAAGUCAACAUUGUCAUUGUGUUACAGGACAACCAUCUCAUUACUGAAAACUUUCCAAUUAAAAUAAUAAGAUUCUAAUAGUUAAAUUCAAUGGAAAUAUCACAGAACUCGUUUUCUUCAUUCUUAGUGAAGAUGUUUAUGAUUUUAUAUCAAAUUAUCAACACUUUUUACAAAUAAGAAAUCAAUUAUCUCAGAUACAAAACACUGUAAAAUAAUGCAACAGGGCUGUUUCCUGACUGCAGUUACAUAGUAGGUUUACCUUACCCUCAACUGAAACAAAUGGGAGGUUGGGUAUACAUUCGUUGCCUUGUGACCGCAUAAGGAGUUUAAGGUAACAGUAACCUAUAGUAUUAACUCAGCAAUAACUACAAAAUUCUACUCGUUGCUAGAGAUGCCUAAACCCCUUUUUAUAGAUUUGUUCAGUGACCACGAAUAAAAGUUCCAAGUUGAGGAUGGAGUUUCCGCGCAUAGCAAAACUAUAGUUUAUUGUGCAUGGCAACUCUAACUUCGGCCUGGAACUAUUAUUCAUGGUCACUGAAUGAAACUGUAAAAAGUUGUAUCGUGCGAUAAAAUAAAAAUUGAUAUACUAGGAGAAAUAAAACAGUAAGAAAUUCAGUUGAAUGAUUUUUCAAUAGAAACAAGCUAUUGUACAUUAAUUAAACUAUUAAAUGUACCAUUUUUAUAAUAAAUAUCAAAAAAUAAAUAUCGAAAACAUUUUCUUUA